GAUAGGAUCCGUUCAACCAGCAGUGUUAUGUGACCUGUGAAUGAAUGGAUUGAUGAAACUGUUAGUUUCCCCCCCUCAGACAGGGAGUGUUUUCUGUGUCAUUCCCAUUCAGUGUCGGUAAGGAGCAGCAAGAACUCCUGCGUCCUCCUCAUGUGAUCCUGAUCUGUCUCUGAUUUGGAAAAGGAGCUGGUGCACCAAGUUGGAUUGCUGAUCUUUUGGUGUCAUGUCAAUGUACCGAAAUGCCAUCUGGUUUCUGAAUGGAAUCCACCAAUACACAAGGAAGGGAUAUGAAGCAGCAUCCAAAGGCUUUGAGCCCAAGGACCUUGAUGUGUCCGUCGUGGGUCGAUCUUUCAUGAUCACAGGAGCUAACAGUGGAAUUGGCAAAGCCACAGCAAUGGCCAUAGCCAAGAAAGGCGGGACAGUCCACAUGUUGUGUAGGAACAGAGACAGAGCAGAAGAGGCCAAAUCAGACAUCGUUUCUGCGUCUGGUAACACGGAAGUGUACGUCCACAUUGUCGAUAUGUCGCAGACGCUCAGAGUCUGGGAGUUCGCUGAGACCUUCAAGAAGCAGCAUCCAUCGCUGAAUGUGUUGAUCAACAAUGCAGGCUGCAUGGUGCACAAGAAAGAGCUGAACGCAGAGGGAAUGGAGAUGAACUUUGCCACAAACACCAUGGGGGUCUACGUUCUCACUCAAACUCUCAUACCACUUUUGCAGAAGAGCCGGGACCCCAGAGUGAUCACUGUGUCCUCUGGAGGCAUGCUGGUCCAGAAGCUUAGAGUUGAUGACCUGCACUCAGAGAAGGGCUACUUCGAUGGGGUCAUGGUCUACGCCCAGAACAAGAGACAGCAGGUGGUGCUAACAGAACAUUGGGCCAAAACCUACCCUGUCAUUCACUUUUCUGCCAUGCAUCCUGGCUGGGUAGAUACACCAGCUGUUUCCACAGCAAUGCCUCAGUUUCAUCAGAUGAUGGGUGACAGGCUGCGUGGAGUCGAACAAGGAGCAGACACUGUUGUGUGGUUGGCCUUGUCCAGAGUUGCUGCGAGUACACGCAGUGGGCAGUUUUUUCAAGAUCGUAAGCCGGUUCCUGCACAUCUCCCUCUGGCUUGGACUCGCAGUUCUGCUGAAGAGAUUUGUAAUUUCAUCUCUCAGCUGGAGACUCUGGCUCGAGCUGUUCAGCUACAGCAUGAAGCAGAUGCUGCAGGUCAUCUGGACCCAUCUAAACCUCACUUUGUCUAAAAUGUUACUGAUCAGCAUUAAAUCACUUGGACAAACUUAAA